AUGGAGGUUACUGGUCAAAAGACACUGCAGGACCAAGUCUCGACAGAAGAUGCUUCUGCCUUGGCGCCCACUUCACCACCAACUGAACCCUCGCCCGCCAACAACAGCACCCGCGAGGGAGAGGCCCAAAGCGCAACGCCCGAGGAUACAGCAGCCUCAGCACAAGCACAAAACCCCAACUCACAGAACAACCCAUUCUGGAAACCAAGAGCGCCACCCAUGAUCGGACCCGACGGGAAACCCCUUUCGAGGAACGCGACAAAGAAACUACUAAAACAGCAACAAUUUCUGGAACGAAAGCCUAUGCUGCGAGUACAGGAAAAGCUGAAGCGCAAGCAAAAGGAUAAGGAGCGCCGCGAGGCUAUUGAAGCUGGGUUGAUCGAGCCACCACCAAAGCGACAUAAAACGGAUCAGAUACAGACAGGAAUCACGAUUGGGAUCGACAUGUCUUUUGAUGAUCUGAUGCUGGAGAAGGAGGUGAAAUCGAUGGUGGACCAGAUCAAACGCUGCUACUCCUAUAACAGGACAUGCGAAAAGAUCGUCCAUUUGGCACUAACUUCCUUCACAGGAAAAUCCAAGCAGGAGUUUAACAAACGCGCAAAUGGAUAUGAGCUUUGGAAAAACUUCACGAUCCACGAGAAGAGCCUGGAGGAGGUCUGGCCCUCAGAAGAGAUCUCAGGGAAGCAGCACUUGGAGGAACUCAAACGGUUGACUGUCAUUGCCUCGGCGAAAUCGGAGGCGGUCAAGGCAAAGGCGUUAGCAGCGAAAACGGAGGCAGCAGGGGACAAGGGCGCACCAAAGGAGGAAGCAUCGUCAUUUCCAGCACAUGACCCUCAGGCGCCGACCGACAUUACGACACCUUCCAGCAAUGAGCAACCGUAUCAAACAGAGUCCUCAUCGCCAGUAGUCGCAGUCCAGACACCACCGCCAUCCGGUGGAAGCACACUUUCUGCAUUGGAUAUCAAGGCUUUGGAGCAAGAGCGUUUGUUGAAGGAAGAACAGCUGGCAAUGAUCCCAGCGGUCAAGAAAGUGGUCUAUUUGAGCGCCGAUUCUCCCAACACGAUUACGAAACUGGAAGAAGGGACAUGUUACAUUCUCGGAGGGAUUGUGGACAAGAACCGAUAUCCGAACUUGUGUCAGAACAAAGCUGAGAAACUUGGCAUCGCGACGGCGCAGCUGCCUAUUGGCGAAUAUAUCCAGAUGUCGAGCCGUCGCAUCUUGACUGUGAACCAAGUGUUUGAGAUUCUACUUCAGUUUAUCGAAUGCAAUGACUGGAAAGAGGCGUUCCUGAAGGUGAUCCCACAGCGUAAGCUGGAAGAGAAACCCAGAGUUCGCCGGAGUACGGAUGCUUGGAGAGGAAACCCCACAUUAAGAGGCGCUGCUGGAUCAUCUGCAGAGCGUAGUGUAUCCAGCAGUGUGGCCAGCAGUGUCUCAGGGAAUGAGAGUGACCAUAAUGAGGAAAAUAAUGCAGAGAAGGGACAAGAUGGUGUAGGAAGUGGGGAUCAGGACUAUAGCAGCGCUCCAUGA